AUGACGAGUCAAACUCAAAGCUACCCUGGUGGGCACUGGGGUGCCAACAAUCCGAUUCCCACAGUCCAAAAGUUCCUACGUAACUUGGACCGAGAAAAGGAAGAAAGGGAUAGGCAAAUUGAUAAAGCAACCAAGCUCAAACAGGAAGAUGAGCGGAAUAGGCAGAUUCAAAGGGGUGAACAGGAUGAAGACACGGAAGUGACAUCCCAUAUCCCCUUGCAGCCAAGGAAACGUGGGCGCAAAGUAACAGACCCGACAACAGGCAGAGAGGUAGAGAUCGACGAUGUUGGAGAUGAGUUUAUGGGCACAGUUAAAGAGCCCCAGCCCAUGAAAACAGAACCAACUCAAGAUUUGCGAGAGUACAAACGUGUUCAAGAUCUUGUCUCACCACCAGAUCCUAUUGCCGAAGGCACUACAUCUGAUGUGCCAAUACAUGGAGAGAAAACUAAUAUUUUGUUUCACCCCACUCCAUCUAUCAGCUAUGAACCAAUGUACAAGGCAUUAGAAAGACGUGCGACAGUGCUUUCUCUAUGUAUAUUUUGCGGUAUCGUGAUUCCGGGGAAGUUGAUCGGUGGCUCUCUCAAAGGACUCAUCCCUAUUGCUAUAUGUAUUGCCUCCAGUGUAUGGCUGUGGAUGCAAGACCUCAUCCGUAAAGGACGAGAUAUGGAAUGGAGCAGCGAACAACGUCGCGGUGAAAUAGCCACCGUUAAUUUACUGCCAGAAUCAGUCGAAUGGAUGAAUACGUUUCUGUCAAUAGUCUGGGGACUUCUAAAUCCAGAAAUGUUCUCAAGCGUUGCAGAUACCAUUGAAGAUGUUAUGCAAGUUUCCGUACCCGGAAUAAUUGAGAAUGUCCGUGUGGCUGAGAUCGACCAAGGUUCGAAUCCAUUUCGGAUACUCAGCUUGCGAGCACUGCCAGAUAGUCAAGCGAUGGACCUGAAAAAUGCGGAACAUGAAUACAACAAGGAAACAAAAUCUGUAGAAGAAGCUGCUGCGGAUGAGGAAGGAGGCUCCCAUUAUAACCUUGAAUGCUCGUUUGCAUAUCACUCCAAACCAAGCGGUGCAAGUUCUUCUUCAAAAGCUGCCAACAUGCAUAUGCUUCUGGUAUUCUACCUUGGUAUCAAAGGGCUUUUUGGUGUUCCGUUGCCGGUUUUCGCCGAAUUGAUUCAGCUCGUUGGCACUGUGAGACUCCGACUACAGAUGACCCCCGACCCACCCUUCGCUAAAACGUUGACGUUCAGUUUGAUGGGAGUACCUCAUGUCCGGGCGGGCUGCGUUCCGAUGGUCAAAAGAGGAGUAAAUAUCCUCAAUUUGCCACUGAUUUCCAAUUUUGUUAACUACGCUAUCAAAACUGCUGCGAGUUUGUACGUUGCGCCAAAGUCGAUGUGUAUCGAUCUGCACAGGCUCCUACAGGGAGAUACAGUCCAAAAGGAUACUCAAGCACUGGGGAUUAUGUGGAUCAGGAUACACCGAGCCACAGGACUCAGCAAACAGGAUAGACGAGGCAGCGAAGGCGGAGGCAGUGAUCCUUAUAUCAAUCUGUCCUUUUCAAAAUACGGAAAGCCGAUGUAUUGUACUAGGGUCAUUACCGAUGAUCUCAAUCCAGUAUGGGAAGAAUCAGCUGCGCUCCUGGUCACACCAGAGCUCAUAAAGGCCGAUGAACAACUUAGCGUUGAACUAUGGGAUUCCGACCGCAAUACUGCGGAUGAUAUCGUUGGGAAAGUCGAAAUUUCCAUACGGAAGAUGCUGAGCCAUCCUGGAAAAAUGUACCAGCUAACCUCCAAGCUUCAAGGGAUGGAUGUUGGUUCUGAGAUGCCGGGGGAACUUCAUUGGGAGGUUGGGUACUUCGGAAAGCCGCGAUUCCGAUCUGCUCUUCGGACAGAUGGGAAAGAUCCCAAUCUGCCGCUGACAAUGAAGGAUAACCCAGCACUGCAAGAUGAGAAGGGAACCCUGGAUACUGAUGAAGCUUAUGCUGUUGCUCAUACACCCCCCGAUCCACUUUGGCCAAGUGGCAUUUGCAGUGUGAUCAUUCACCAAAUCGUGAAUUUGGAGCUGGCAAACAUUAAGGGGAGCUUUGCGAAUGGCCGACACAGAAAUAGCGAGUACGAGCCCGCUAAACCAUAUGGUGAAAUUACAGAUGAAGAAGGAAAGCACCUUCCGACUAGCUACUGCACUAUCCUUUUGAACGACGAACUUAUUUACCGCACUCGAGCAAAGGCCGUAAGCAGCAAACCCAUAUUCAAUGCAGGAACCGAAAAAUUUGUGCGCGAUUGGAGAUCCGCGAUUGUUACCGUUACUGUCCGGGACCGGAGACAUCGGGAACAUGACCCGAUUCUGGGGGUUGUUCCCCUUAAGCUGUCCGAUAUUUUGCAAACUAGUUCCCAGGUAACGCGUUGGUAUCCAUUGGAUGGGGGCAUUGGCUUUGGACGUGCUCGAAUCUCCCUUUUGUUUAGAAGCGUCGAAACAAGGCUCCCGCCGCCUCUUCUUGGUUGGAACGUCGGAUCUUUCCAGAUUACAUCAGACCGCAUUACUGCGCUGGAUUACCAUCACCAUGCCAAGCUUAAGGUACGAACGAGCGGGAGUAUUGGUUCGCUGCCCCGAGGAGUGUGCAGUACGCUUGAGGGUGGCAAAGGCAUGUACUUCGACACGAGCUCGAAGGAGUUGAAAGACCGGAUCCGCCUGCCAGUUAAAUACAGACAUAGAUCUGCGAUCAUUUUUGAGCUUCGCAAGGGAGAUAAGCUGGGAUGUGCCGUUUUCUGGCUCAAUCAAUGCACGGACAAUGAAGACGCGGACAUCGACAUCCCGAUCUGGAACACAAGGAACGAAGCGCGACUGACACAGAACUACAUCACUGAAGAAAAAUGGCAGCAGAAACGAGUUCCAGGCUUGGAAGACCUUACCAUGAUAGGACGCCUUCAGUUCAAAGCCAAAUUCUCCUCCGGCAUCGACGAGGGUCACCGCCCCUUGGUUCAGGACAAUAACUCCCGUGAAACGUUUGAGACGUGGGAAGCAUGCAUAUCAGAAGGUGUGAGGGAUCGAACCAUUUCAAGGGAAUUGCCGAACUUCGUUCAAGAGCUGCAUGACAAGUCUCUCAUUCAGGAGCGGGAUAUCCUCCGACGAGCUAGUUCUGAGGAGCGGAGACGCUGGAUCGAUGUGGACGGAAUCGAUUGGAGAGAGGCAUUUGGCACCGACCCGAAUGAGAUUGCGGACCACCAACGGCGUAACCUCAUUGACCUAGGCGUCGAGGACCACGUGCGAUGUUCAGUGUCGUCUUUGCAAAUUAAGGAACGGAAGAGCGGAGAGAGUUCUCAUUCGGCACACCUGGGACGAGAUUCAGGUUCUGCAGAUAACGAACAUCACACAUGCGAUCUUGAGAACGCCGCCGACAACGACGGUGAGUACCGUUGCCAUUCCGAAUCCGAAUCAGAAUCCGAUACUGAUACUGACGCGAAAGAAGCCGAUUCGUUUACGACGACAGACACCAACCGACGGUCAUCGGAGACGAAUCGGGAGCGCGCACAACGCAUCGGCAACAAGGCAAAUAAACGGACAGAGCACCGCAAGCAGAGGGGAAUCAUGCAGUGGAAGCCAGCACGUAAUGCGGCGUUUGCAAAGGAUGAGGCAUCAUUCGCCAUUAAGAAAGUUAAGAAUAGGUUUGCGGGCGGGCUAUCGGGGAGAGAACCUGACAUCGAAACAGAGGUCAGCGGCUGA